UCAGCGACACAACAACAAUCAGAACUGUACUACUAGCAAGUAGCAACCAUCUUUGCCUGUUGCAGCAUCUGUAGCUUUUUUCUGUUCUUUCGUGCACGUUCCGUCCGCGGCUGAUUAAUGGCGACCAUGAUGGCCAUGAGCUCCUUCGCCGGUGCCGCCGUCUUGCCGCCCGGCUCGGCCGGCCGCUUUGGGGCCCGGUCUCUGCCAGCGCUGGGCCGACGCGCCCUUGUCGUCAGGGCACAGACCGAGGGCCCGAGCGCACCACCGUCAAACAAACCCAAGGCGAGCACCUCGAUCUGGGACGCGCUUGCGUUCAGCGGCCCUGCGCCGGAGCGCAUCAACGGGCGCCUUGCCAUGGUAGGCUUCGUGACCGCGCUUGCGGUGGAGGCAGGGCGCGGCGAUGGGCUCCUCUCGCAGCUCGGCAGUGGCACCGGGCAGGCGUGGUUCGCCUACUCUGUGGUGGUGCUGUCCGUGGCGUCGCUGGUGCCGUUGCUCCAGGGCGAGAGCGCUGAGGGUAGAGCCGGCGCCAUCAUGAACGCCAACGCGGAGCUCUGGAACGGCCGCUUCGCCAUGCUCGGACUCGUUGCGCUCGCCGCCACCGAGAUCAUCACUGGCGCGCCCUUUAUCAACGUGUAGGACAUGUAAAUGAUGAGAGUUGAUUAACCUUGUAUUCUUUGUACUACUAUUAAUUAAAGACUAUUCAUCCUCGUAA